AUGUGGCAAGCCUUCCAAAGCCCCUGUGGGGUAGGAGGCCCUAUAGAUAGGAGGCUGGCGGGGUGGGGUAGAGCCUCUGCCCCCUUCCAGGGAGGCAGCCAAGAAGAGGGUGUCUGCCCCAUCUGCCAGGAGGGUCUGAGGGAAGCAGUGAGUACCAACUGCAAACACCUCUUCUGUCGAGUGUGCCUGGUGCAGCAUGUGGAGAAGACCUCUGAACUCCUCUUCUGUCCUGUCUGCCGGAAGCCAUGUUCUGAAGAGGUUCUAGGGGCAGGAUAUAUCUGUCAAAGACAUCAGAAGAAAGUGCACUACUUCUGUGAGGUGAACAAACUUCUUCUGUGUGAGGAAUGCAAGAAGUCCCCCAAACACAAGUCUCAUGAAGAUUUGGCCACCGAAAAAGCCAUCAAGCACUACAGGGAACGACUCAACCGCAAGAUCAGGAAAAUCAGAAAGCUUUUUGGGGGUCUUCAGCUCAAGUUUCAGAAAGAGAAGGAGACACUGCAUACUACACAGUUUCAGGCAGACCAUGACACCCACAGAGUGGAGGCAGAGCUGCAGAGCCAGCACCAAACCGGGAGACAUCUAGAUGCUCUCCCAGACCAGCUUGAGGACAUACCAAUGGAGACAUCUAGAACCCUUGACUUCUCCAGUGACACAACACAGCUCAACAGCUUGCUUACUGAUCUGGAGAGGACAGUUAAGGAUUUGAAUGCCAGCAAGUUGAAGCAUGCCAGUGACUUAUUGGAAAGGUAUGAACUGUCCCACGCUCUCACAUGUGCUUAUACCUACAAAUCCAGAGACACAAACAUUCAUGUGAACUUUAUCAAGGUCAAGGAGAUCUACCACUCCCUUAAUUUGAAUAUCUUUAUGCUACAAGAUGUGCAGUCUCCUGCCAACUCUUCCCAGCAACUUCAGGUGUGGCCUCUCCUGAACAUGGUCCCUUUCCUCAUCUCCACAGCAGAUGGACAGCUGUCAGAGCCUUCCAGUCUACCAGAAGCUUCAUACACAUUUUCUCUUUAA